ACAGCACCCCUCCUUGCAUCUAAGGGUUUUGUUCCAGUUUAUUACAAGAAAAAAAAGAGGAAAAUAGCAAGAGGCAAGAGUGCAUGUCAGAUUAGCGGUGGUCUCUGAAUAGUUCAACUCUGAAUUGAGGGGAUAUCAACAUCAAGAUGGAGGACAUAGACGCCAUGUUUAGUGAUCUGUUGGGGGAGAUGGACUUGCUCACACAGAGCCUUGGGGUUGAAACACUGCCUCCAGAACCUCCCCCCAGCACCACCACGGAAAAGAACUACUCCAUUGGCUUCACCGAUUUGAAUGCAUCCCUGCACGAACUGGAGGACAAUGACCUGGACGCUCUAAUGGCCGACCUGGUGGCCGACCUGAACGCCACUGAGGAAAAGAUGGCAGCCGAGAGGUCCGGCUCCGCAUACCACCCAUCCUCGGGCUCCACGUUGGCCACCUCAACCUUGAACGAGUUCAGCUUCCCCUCUCCCACGGCAGCUACAGCCUUCACGCCCACCCCAGCUCAAGCCCCUGCCCCGCCCCUGCCUGCCCCUGCCCCUGCCCCUGCUCCUGCCCCUGCCUCUGCUCCUGCUCCUGUGGUGCCGACAGCCUCUACCUCACCUCAUCCACCCCCACAAAACUCCAAGCCGUCUAAGGAGGAGAUUGAAGCCCAGUUAAAAGCAGACAAAAUCAAACUAGCACUGGAGAAGUUGAAAGAAGCCAAAGUGAAAAAGUUGGUGGUGAAGGUGGAGAUGAGCAAUGGCAGUGCCAAGACUCUGAUGGUGGAUGAGAGACAGACGGUCAGAGACGUGCUGGAUAACCUGUUUGAGAAAACCCACUGCGACUGCAACAUUGACUGGUGCCUGUAUGAGACCAACCCAGACCUGCAGACUGAGAGGGGCUUCGAGGACCACGAGAACAUAGUGGAGCCGCUGUCGGCCUGGACGCGUGACAGCGAGAACAAAGUGAUGUUUCGGGAGCGGAAGGACAAGUAUGCCGUCUUCAAAAACCCUCAGAAUUUUUAUCUCUGGAAGAAGGACAAGAAUAUGUUAAAAGAUAUGAAAGAAAAGGAGAAAGAGAUGCUGUUGGAGGAGAACUUCUGCGGGACCUCCAUCAUCGUGCCGGACCUUGAGGGGCUCCUCCAUCUGAAGGAGGAUGGGAAGCGGUCCUGGAAGCCACGCCUCUUCCUGCUGCGGGCGUCUGGAAUGUAUUUUGUGCCCAAAGGGAAGACCAAGACGUCCCGUGACCUGGUGUGUCUGGUGCAGUUUGAUAACGUGAACGUGUACCUCGGUAAAGAUUACAAGAACAAAUACAAAGCCCCAACUGACUACUGCUUUCUCCUCAAGCACCCACAGAUCCAAAAGGAAUCACAGUACAUUAAGUACUUGUGCUGUGAUGACAAGUGGACUAUGACACUUUGGGUGACAGGAAUCCGCAUCGCAAAGUAUGGAAUGUCUCUUUACGAGAACUACAAAACUGCAGUCAGCAAAAUCUCUGUGUCGACAUCAUGGACAGACAAAAUCAACUCCAAUGUAUCUACCCCAACUCCAUCUCCAACUCCCAAAGCUAAAGCAGCCAAUGGACAUGCUUCCAAGCCUGCUCCAGUGCCAGCUGCCCAGUCAGCUUUUCCUCCACCUCCACUACCUGCGAAAGCCAUGCUGCCUUCACCUCCUCCUGGCCCAGUGCUGCCUCCUCCUCCACCUGCCUCCAUGUUUUCCAAAGGCCCCCUACCACCACCACCACCACCUUCCAGCAUGGGCAGAGGCUUCCCUCCACCCCCCAUGGAUGACUUGCCACCCCCGCCGCCGAUGGAUGACGAUGACGGGGAGAUGCCCCCAGACUUCCUGCCGCCACCUCCUCCAGCCACUGGGUUCCCUAGUCCGCCGUCUGGUGGUGGGGCACUACCUCCGCCACCCCCAGAUCCCAGUUUGCCCCUUCCACCUCCGCCAGUGUCCCUUCCCGCAGGCUCUUCUGUGGGCUCUCUACCGCCCCCGCCACCACCACCCCCUCCCCCACCAGCAGCUACGGCCCCCCGCCCUUCGGUCAGGAAACCCGGCCCGCCCCCUCCUAAGCGGACUACACCUGUCUCUGCUGCACCUGCUGGUCCUGAUCUUAUGUCUGAACUGAUGUUGGCCAUGCAGAAGAAACGUGGUCAACAGUAACACCAGUAAUUUUUUCUGUAUUUUUAUCUUUAAACAGGACUUCUCACUCACAGCACACAACACACUUACUAUUGAAUUUGUUUUGUCAUCUACUUGGAUAAAGGAAAAGAAUAAACCAGUAGCCACAUUUACAUGGACAGUUUUUUGUCAUUCCGAUUAAACUAUUCCGAUUGAAAAAUUUGUGCCAUCUGUUUACACAUUCUAUUCUAUCAAGCACUUUAGAAUCUUUGAUCGGAAUAGCCGUUGUUGCCUACUUUUCCUUGAGAAGAUACAGCAGUCAAUCCGAAUGACCUUACAUGACCGUACAUUGGUGUUCAUUCGGAAUAGGAGUGGACUACACCACCUCUUUCGUUGCAAUUCAAAUUUCAUUUCUAAUCGGAAUAGAAGUGUCCAUGUAAACGUGGCUACUGAAAGCAUAUAUUUCGAAAAAGGUUCUAUGUAGAAUCGUUCAGUUCCAGGUGCCAAUCUUUUCCAAAUGAUUCUACAAGUUAACUUGUGACUGGACAACUGCUAUGAUUUAUUUCAGAUACUGAGCAGAUCUUUUCAAGGCUUGGAGAAGUCAUACAAUAAUAGAGAAGCUACUUGUCAUGUGUCUGCUAUAGUGCUUAACUAAACCCAACGACUUCUAAAACUGCUAAAUUGCAGUUUAACCGUGCGAUGUAACUGUGUUUAUUCACUAUGAUUUGCAUUAUACAAAUAGGCCUACAAAGAAAUAGUAAGCAACUGUGGGAAUGGACAUACCACGUUUUCCCAACUAGAAGGCUUUACUGGGAUAACUGUACUGUACAAAUAGAGAACUAUUGAUUGUAAAUUGCCAAUUUUUAAACUUUUGGGAGAUGUGUCUUUAUCAUAUCUUAUGUUUUGUUGUGUGACAAAAGUACUGGUUUAAAAAACAAUAUAUAAAAAAAUCCAAUAAAAU